CAAUUUCACACAUUAAAAUAAAAAUUCUAAGAACCCAAAAAACUUGGAAAAUAUGUUGGCGAAAGAAUCGCUUCCUUCGAGCUUCGAUCUUCCAAACGAGGUCUUGGAGGUUUUACCUUCUGAUCCAUUUCAGCAGCUCGAUGUCGCUCGCAAAAUCACCUCUCUCGCUCUCUCCACUCGUGUCUCUGCCCUUGAAUCAGAGUCCUCCGACCUCCGGCAGCAGCUCACCGAGAGAGACGCUUUCAUCGCCGACCUUCACUCUCAGCUUGAUUCCCUUGACUCUUCUCUGUCUCAAAAUCUCCAAAAACUGUCCCUUGCCGAUCAGGAAAAGGAAAAUCUGUUGAGAGAGAAUGCGUCGCUGUUGGAAACUGUUAAUAAGCUCAAGCGUGAUGUUACUAAGUUGGAGAGCUUUAGGAAGACUCUCAUGAUGUCACUUCAAGAUGAAGAAGGAAGUUCGACAACAGGUCCUCCCGUUGUUGCAGGCAAUGUCCAAAACCAUUCAAGCAUAUCAUCUCAAACGUUUUCUGGAGAAGACGAGGAAACCAUGCCACCUUCAAGCACUUCAUCGAUCAAGAGCCAGACCUCAGACAUACCAAAUUCAUAUCACGAUGAACCUGUGAAGGAAGCCUCAAGGCCUCGCAUACCACCAAGCCUUUUGUUAGCAUCCCAAACAACCACACCUCGGCUUACACCUCCUGGGUCCCCACCAACUCUCUCAGCAUCUGCUUCCCCAACAAGAACACCAAAGCCAGUUUCUCCAAGAAGACACUCCAUUGCUAUUACAUCCUCACGACCAUUUAAUGAUGACAACAAAUCUUCCGUUUUUUCAUCUGCAAACUCAACCCCAUAUGGCUCGAUGUCAGGAAGGACUCGAGUAGAUGGUAAAGAAUUUUUCAGACAAGUCAGGAGCCGAUUGUCAUACGAGCAAUUUGCUGCAUUUUUAGCAAAUGUGAAGGAGUUAAACUCUCAAAAGCAAUCAAAGGAGGAGACUUUAAGGAAAGCGGAUGAAAUUUUUGGACCAGACAACAAGGACCUUUAUGUUAUAUUGGAAGGGUUAAUCACUCGUAACUUCCAUUGAUCCAAAAAUUAUGCUCUAACUAUUUGCACCAUUUUGUAUAUUGUUUGUUUUUUGAUGCAUUUGUUGUAUAAUACAUAAGGUUAACUACAAUGCAUCCAAUCUUAAAUCUAUUUUUUGUUGUAAAGCAAAGUAUUGAUUACCAUGCCA